AUUAUGGCGCCGUCGUCAAGGUAACUGUCAACAACACUCUCAGACGGACAUGUGACGGAAUAUCUAAAAACAACAAUUAAAAAAAAGUGAAAAGAAGAAAGUAGGAAAGAAACAAUAAUGCCAGUGGCUCAAACUCGCCUGCAGGUAAUGCAGGUAACAAAAUUACUCCAGUGCGUCAGAGAUGGCGAUAAAGAACAAAUUGGUAAACUGUGUGCCAAUGGUGUUCCCCAUUUAAUCAACUAUAAUGAACCAAAUGCUGGAGACACAGCUCUAUCGACAGCAGCAGUAGCUAAUAAAGAUAAUCUAAUAAGCUACCUAUUAGAAUUAGGAGCUCAUCCAGAUGUUGUUGAUUUUCAAGGGAGAACUCCUGCUAUGAGAGCGGCAGAAUACGGACACGUUCAAUGCUUAGAGAGACUAUUGAAACCAGGAGGCGAUGCUCCUGAGAAAAAGAAGAGGAAAGGAGAUGAUGAUGAUGAUGAGCAUUUUGCAAUAGCUGCCGACAUGACUUUUAAAGAUUUAGAAGGAAAAGGAAUCCUUUGGUACUGUAUUAACUCGACUCAAAGACACGAAACAUGCGCUGAAUUAGCUUUGAAGUUUGCUGCUGAAACCAAUAACGUAGAUAAAAAUGGCAAUCAUGUGUUUGUUCAUGCUUGUGAAACAGCAUCGGAGAAUGAAGAAAUUUGCAUUAAAAUGCUCCAAAGCGGUUCUGAUGCCAAUAGUAAAAAUGAGAAAUCGAAUAGGACAGCUUUAAUGGCAGCAAGCAAAAGUGGUAGUCAGAGGGUAGUUAGAGCUAUUUUAGAGAGAGGUGGAGAAGUUGACGUUCAGAUGUUAAAGCUAAAAGUAACAGCCGCCCACGAAGCUGCUAGGGGAGGCUUCUUUCAAUGUUUGGUUACACUUCAUGCUUACGGAGCGCAUUUUGACGUAUAUGAUGAUCGAGGAAAUUCACCUAUGCAUUUAGCUGCUCUUAAAGGAAGUGGACCGUGUUGUAAAUAUUUGGCUCAGAGAGGAUGCAACCCAAAGCCCAAAAAUAACGAAGGGAAUACAGCUAGAAUUAUAGCUAAAGAGGAAGGUCAUAAAGAGGCUAUUAAAGAAGUAAGAAAAGGGGAAAAGAUCUUUGGUAAAACAGGAAAAAAUAAUGAUCCGUGGAUAUUAGCUUUAUACGAUUUCUGCGUUGAAAGAACUGAACAACUGACCGAUCUGUAUAAUAGGCUAGAUGUUGAUGGGCAUGGAACAGUUGCUAAGGAAGAUUUUGUUGAUGGUCUUGAGAAUAUUGGUGCUCCAAUGCCCUUGGAAGCGGAUAUGAAAAAAAUACUCCAAAGUCAUGAUAAAGAAGGCAGAGUAGAUUUUAAUUUAUUCUUAACAGGCAAAAAGUACGUCAACAAACAAUAUCUUAUGUCCGCCUUUGAGCCGAAGAAAAAGAAGAAGAAAGGUAAAGGAAAAGGGAAAAAGGGGAAAACAAAGAUUCCAUUACCAAUAUGCACUCAAACUGAGGGACCAAGAACGCUGGGUGGAGGGCCCCCAGAAGUUUUUGUAGAGGAGCACUUAGUCCAUACAGAUGUAGGUCGAUUUGAUCGAGAUCGUCCUCCUAAACAUCCACUUCAAGACGAUUCUGCUUGGUAUCUGCAUAAACCUGAUAAAGCUCAUAUGAAUAUUAUUCAGGCAACUGUUCAUAGGCAUUAUGAUACUGUUCAAGAUGCUUUAAGUAAAGGUGUUCCAGUCGAUAUUACUGAUAAAUACUACAAAACUCCCUUAAUGGUGGCCUGUCAAAACGGGGAUUUAGAUAUGGCUCGAUGGUUAAUAGAGAAAGGAGCUAAUGUCAAUGCUUUUGACAAUUUUAAGUGGACACCAUUACACUUUGCCUGCCACUCAGGAAAGAAGGAUCUCGUUGAAUUUCUCUUGGACAAUGGGGCAAAUUUGGAAUCUACCAGUCUCUGUGGUGCUACACCAAUAAUGAGAGCAAUCGAAAGCUGUAGACCAGGGUUGGUUCAAUUCCUAAUCGACAGAGGAGCGAAAAUGUUGAAUGUCACAAAGCACGACGACAAUGUGUGUGAUAUUGCUGCAUCGUUCGGCGAUAUGAGAGUCUAUGAUAUUGUCAAAGAGAAAUACGAUAGCGUCCCAAAACCAAAGGAUAAUAAGAAGAAAGGUGGUAAAAAGUCUGCUCCUGCAAAGAGACCGGCGUCUAACGCUGGCCAGGCUGGCAAGGUAACUUUUCCAUAAAAUAUUAAUACCAAUUUGAGUUUGAUUACUAAAAUUUAAUUUAAAUAAAUAAAGCAUUGUUCUAAGGUAUUUCUCUACAAAAUUUUACUUAGCGCAUGUAUAUGUUUCACAGGCUUAAACGAUGACACGAAACUCUGAAGUAUGCAAGUGUUUGUCAUAUUUUCUCCUUUUUGAUUAUAAUAACAUAAUGAUUGCUCUAUCUUUUGCACAUUAGUAUCAUUCAUUCCCUGACAAAUGCUUGCAUACUUUCUUGUAGUUUUUAGUUAGUAUGCCAGCAUUUGUUGAACAAUAUUAUGCAGCUUCUAAAUGGAUUAAUUUUAGGUGGCGACCGGCGGUGAAACUGGAAAAGAGAGUCCUAUACUUGAAGCUUUACACUCGCAUAGAAAAGGCUCAAUCUUAAGAGCAGCUUCCGCAUUAGCAGGCGGACUGGAAGAGAAAGAAGAUAUUUCUUACGUACCAAAAUCAGUAUGGACAAAAUUACCAACCUCUGAAGAAUUAAUUGCCGCUCGGGUCGUUAGAAGAGAACGAUUUAGUUGGAGAGUGGACUUUGAAGAUUUUCGUAUGCCUUUUCAACAGAAUGUCCAUGAAAAAAUACAAAGUAUCGAAGUCGAAUAAUAAUUGUGCCUCAAAUCCCAGGUUGCCAAUUUUUAUAACCCGCAUAAUAAACGAAACAAUUGAAAUCA